CUUUCCCCCUAUCUGUUUUAGGUGCCACCAGCCGGGUCAUCAGACCAAGUCAUGCCCAUCUGCGAUGGAGUGUGACGUGGCCGCAUGCAAUCUGGCAUCAGAAGCGGGUGUCACAGUGCGAGAGAGACCUUAUUGGAUCCCAGAAAGUCGACGGAGUGGCGUUCACAAAGAGAAAAGCCAAGUGAGACACGUUUAUAUCUACUGCUACCUCCACCUUAGCUUGGACUGCCUAUUGAACAAUGAGGCUUGGAUCUCACUCUUUCUUCUGUGUUGCCUGAGUGCUUUCAUGCCUAAAGCAGUUGCUGAAGCAGGUCCAAUGUGGUUAGGGGAAAUGAUACAAAUAUUGAAUAAGAACAAUUUAAGCACAUUUGUUAAUUCUGAAACUACUUUGUACACUCCAGAAAUUCCUGAAAAUGAACUCUGUUACAAUGCCUCGCUGAAUUGCUUUUUUUUGGAGAUGCACGUUUAUUUUUUUGAACAUGAAGAAGACAUUUCACUUUCAAUUCUGGAAGAUUAUAUAACAGAAAUUAAACCAGUGGUUCAUGCAGGCUGCAAAGAGUGUGAAGAAUUUACAGAAAGAAAUUGUGAAACUUUUCUUAAUAGUUUCCUGGUAUUUCUGCAAUUUCUAGAAGAUAAGUCAUUUUGGGCGACCUCUAUUGAUAAAAUGUUGUAUAAAAUGUGAAACCAAAGAUGUUUUUUUUAUUGUACAUAGCCUUGUAAAUGCUUUAAUAGCCUUGUAAAUGCUUUGAUACACACUUAUAAACACUCUCUCUACAUGAUAUACAAACAAGAUAUGAAUUAUCUGUGUUACCUUUUAACACCUUUUUGUAUUUGUGCAGACCAGUGGCGUAGCUAGGGGGGUCGUUUUAGGGGGCAAUGCACUACGUGAACUACGUGGGACAAUAAAAAAUAUCAGCCAUGUGCAAAAAUUGUCAAUCCAUCACCAGCAACCCCCACCCCAUGCAAAACGAAAUCCUGGCGAUCAUUCACUAGAACCACCCCCACCCCCACCCCCUGGGAUGAAAUCCUUGCUACGCCAAUGUUAUUAACCAUCAUAAAAAUAAAAAAACACCGCAAAAUACAAUCCUGGUUACGCCAUUAGUGCUCGCGGUGCAAAUACAGUUUAUCGUGAACAAUAGUGCAACGAUGUCCGGGUAAGUGCUGGCCCUUGGUGACAGCGCCGGAUCGUGUUCAGACGUCUAAUAGUAACAAACAAUGAUUCUUUAGACACGACAGAACAAAACAAACAAAACACUCGAUUAUAAUACACAGUCUCCUUCCGGUUCAGCUCUAAUCAUACAAAGGAACAGAUCACUUAGCUACGCCCAUUUUUGUAUGACCCCUUGGUUAACUAGUGCAACCGCUCCUCCAAUCCGCGGCUGCCACGUCGUUUCCCUUCCGGGUCGAUGAUUUAGUGUAUCGUAGCUCCGACCCCUUUCCAGAUUACCGACUUCCUUUUAACCCUGGGAAUGAUUUGUCUGGCCAUCCAGUCCAGGGCACGCUGUUCCCUUUACACAGCGCCCUCACAGGUCGGAAGAGAGAUUUAUCACCAAGAAUCAUUCUGUCUCUGUCACAAUAAUAAAACUGAUGAUGCUACUAAA